AUGUACUGCAGUCGAUUGCGAGUUGUGUGGGCAUUGGCCCUCAAUAGCAUGGACGUUUGGGAGUGGUUCAAGCACAACUUGUUCAAGAGUGAUCUUGGUUACUACGACAAUGACGGCUGUCUUUACAUUGUGGAGAGGUUGAAAGACAUGAUCAAAUGUUCGGGAAACCAACUGGCUCCGGCAGAGAUUGAGGAAAUUCUGCUGACUCAUGCCGCUGUCAAGGAGGCCGUGGUCGUUGGUGUUCCCAGUGCCAAAUACGGAGAAGCGCCAGCUGCUUGUAUCGUGUUGAAGGAGACGGUUAAGUGUGACAAAAACGCUCUCCAGGCGGAACUGAAGCAGCUUGUUGCAGAAUCGUCGUUAAGGAUGGCUGCUCGCAUCAUCAACCGAGUUAUACACUCGCCUUUUCCCGACAACGAUGCUAAAGACAGCUCAGCUCCUGAACUUAUAGAAAAGCGAUUGAAGAAAUUUUCCGACAAGAUCAUUAUUGUGGACGCCUAUCAAAGCUUAACCGCUUGCGAUCUGUUAAAAAAAAUACGCAAGUACGCCGUGGGUUAUCAAUACCACGGCGUGAAAGCAGGUUCCAUGGUGUGUGCACACAUUGGCAGCACAGUUGAAAAUGCAGCAGCAGCUUUGGGGGUUGUAUUCGCGGGUGGUACGCUUGUCAUGGCAAAGACGGCCUACGUUGCAAGAGAGCUUAUGUUCACGAUUGAAGACAGCAAGUGCACUUUCCUGCUGACUGACCAGCAAAGUGCACCAAACGUUAGGAAACUCAGUAUGCCAUCCAGAAUCAAGUCAAUGUUCGCUGUAGGAAGCGAACCAGGUUUCGUCAACGUGACCCAGUUUCAAGAACUUUCGGACGAAACAUUCAAACCUCACGUUCCCACUGACAGCGAGAAAGAGGUUGUGGUGGUACUGUACACCUCUGGAUCGACGGGUCUCCCGAAAGGCGUGGAAAUAUCGCACCGGGGCUAUUGUGCCUCUUUUCACGCAUUCAGGGCUCUUGAAAUUUGCAAUGAAGAUGAUGCCUACCUAGCCUGGAAUCCCUUAACCCACGUGUCGGGGUUUGCACUGGGCUUGUUUUGUAUGUUCAUGGGGGCGAAGAUCGUAAUCGCCGAACCCUUCAUCUCAUGCAAAGAUUUUUUAAAAGCACUCAAAACCUUUCAGGUUAUAGACCUCACCAGCGGAGAACUACUCGACCCAUAUCAAAAUGGCGAAAUUUUGGUUCACACUCCAUACGUCAUGAAAGGCUACCUCGGACAUCCAGAGGCUACUGCUGAAGCACUAAGCGAAGAUGGCUGGUUGCGUACAGGUGAUUUGGGCUACUAUGACACGGAAGGACGGAUUCACAUUAUAGACCGACUGAAACAGAUGAUAAAGUGCAUGGGAAACGUGGUCACUCCUGCCGAGCUGGAAGAAAUUUUAAUGUCCCACGAGGCCGUCGAGGAGGCCGUAGUUUUGGGAGUCCCGAGCUCAAAAUAUGGCGAGGCUCCAGCAGCUUGUGUAGUUGUAAAAGACUGCUUUGCGAAAAACCUGGAGAAUCUGGUGACGGAAUUGAAGGAACUUAUAGCAGAUCAAGCAGCAGUGUACAAGCACCUAUACGGAGGAAUAAUCUUUAUGAAGCGUCUUCCAAAGUCUGAAAGUGGAAAGAUCCUGAGACAGGAACUAAAGGCGAAGAUGGCCCGUGAAUAUGAAAAACUGAAAGAAAUCGAUGUACCGUCAGGAUUCAACGAGUCGUGACUUUGCCAAGAAUAUUACUUGAACAAACAUGUUUGCGCGUUUCCACUCUAAUAAACGAGUCUCUAACACAUAUUUUGCCCAGGAGAAAAUAUUUUGAUAAACGAGGUGCCGAGCCAACUCCCUAUGCCUCGAGUCAAUACAAUAAAUUUCAGUGAA